CACAGUGGGCUGGCUGGCCUGUGCUUUUGGCUGCUUGUCUGUCAUCUCAUCCUGGGUUAGGACCCUGAGCUCAGCCCCAGGGAGGGGAGGGAGGCCAUGGAGGUUCCUCUGGUCAACUUUGAGAAUCUGGACGACAUCGGAAUCAACCUGGGAGACCCGAGCGACUCAGGAUAUCCGACUUCACCCACCUCGGAUGUCCCGGAACCAAACCAGGGGACCUGUGGCAUAAAUUCACCCACACACUCACCUCUGAGAGGAAGACGUCCAAGGCGCUCUCUAGCCUCUCCACCAACACUCAGCAAGAAAGGAACUUCAAGCUGCAACAGUCUGAUCUCCAACUGGAAGGUUCUGAUGAGCAUCGAGGGCAGUCCCAAUGAGGCUCUCUUAGGAAAAGUAGCCAAGGAUUGUUGCGAGGACUAUUUCACGGAAAAGGAGAAACUCGAAGACGGCGAACAAAAAGUUGUCAUCAACGUCUCAGGGAUGAUGUACGAGACAACACUUAAAACUUUGAAUCAGUUCCCAGAUACCUUGUUGGGAGACCCCAUAAGAAGGAUUGACUACUUUGACCCCAUGAAGAACGAAUAUUUCUUUGACCGCAACCGCCCCAGCUUCGAUGGAAUCUUGUAUUUCUAUCAGUCCGGAGGUAAGAUUCGGAGGCCAGUGAACGUGCCAUUGGAUGUGUUUGCGGAUGAGAUAGUGUUCUAUCGACUGGGGCAUGAGGUCAUGGAACAGUUCAGGGAAGAUGAAGGUUUCACCAAAGACCCUGAGCCUCAACUCCCAACCAGUGAGAUUCACCGUCAGUUUUGGCUGCUCUUUGAGUACCCAGAGAGCUCCAGCGCUGCCAGGUCAGUAGCCUUAGUGUCUGUUUUUGUCAUCACUAUAUCUAUUUGUAUCUUCUGCCUGGAGACGCUCCCGGAAUUCCGUGAUGAGCGAGAAUUUAUACCUGCGUUCGUCAACUUAACCCGUGACGCCAACGGCACGCUCCUGUCCCCUACUCCUAAUCCUAAGGCCAUGGCCUCUGUCUUUACUGACCCCUUCUUUGUGGUGGAGAGCAUCUGUAUCGUUUGGUUCUGUUUUGAGCUUGGAGUACGUUUUGUGGUGUGCCCCAGCAAAAAGGAAUUUUUCAGUAAUAUCAUGAACUUCAUUGACAUUGUGUCCAUUUUACCCUACUUCAUUACCGUCAUAACAGAACUGAUGGCCACCCACGAGGGAGAAGACCCCACCGCCGGCCAGAACAUGUCUCUGGCCACGCUACGCGUCAUCCGAUUGGUGCGUGUCUUCAGGAUCUUCAAGCUGUCCCGCCAUUCCAAGGGCCUGCAGAUUCUAGGCCAAACCCUAAAGGCCAGCUUGAGGGAGCUGGGCUUGCUCAUUUUCUUCCUCUUCAUUGGCGUCAUCCUCUUCUCCAGUGCCAUUUACUUUGCUGAGGUUGACGAACCUGAUACUCAGUUUGUGAGCAUCCCGGAAGGAUUCUGGUGGGCUGUAGUCACAAUGACGACGGUCGGCUACGGUGACAUGUGCCCCAUCACGUUAGGGGGGAAGAUGGUUGGGAUCCUCUGUGCCAUUGCUGGUGUGCUGACCAUUGCACUUCCCGUUCCCGUCAUCGUCUCCAACUUCAACUACUUCUACCAUCGUGAAACGGAGCAGGCGGACAAAAUCGUGAUUGACGCUGCUGCUGAGGCUGCUGCAAAUCAGAAAACCAGCGCUGAGGAGAAGUAUGAAAGCAAUUACUCGCUGGACAAGAGCAAUGGGAAUUGGCAGACGGGAAAAAAUGGCAUUCCAUAAGGAUUGCCGUAUUUCACUUGACUAGCAAUAAUGACUGUCCAACAAUGCACUUAGAAACUCUCCGUUUUAUGGCUUGACAACUGCUUAUUUAAGAGCUCUACAUAUAUACCUAAUGCUAUGCACAUACCAACAGUACCUUUGCAGAAUGUGCUGUUUCAAUGGGAGAACUCGAACAGGAUGCUGUUUUAGCCAAAGGCUGCUAAAACACAGCUGGAUGACUAUAAAACCUCAGUAGCACUAUCUACAAAAAGGAAGCAAAAAAAUAUUGUAAGGAACAUCCCUUUAAGGCUUUACAGUAGUAAAAACUGAAAUGCACUGAACUGGAAAAGGAAUAUGAAUCACAGAAGACUAAAAAGUACUCGUCAUCAUUUUGUGAGGCAAACGGCUGCAUUUGACUGGGGUCAAAACAAGCAUUUAAUUAAUCGCGAUUAAGUGCCUGUGUUGCCGAGUCCCUCAAAUUAAAGCCGAGGAAUCAUGAAUCUGCACUCUGAGCAUCCACCCAGCACCACCUUUUGCUGAUGUUGUCGUUCCUUUGGAGCUUUGCACUGACAUCACCUUUUGUCCCUGCUGCUUGUGAGAGAAAAGCGUAUGCCAAACUGUUAUCCAUCUUUCAAUGUCACCAAAUGUCUCCUCUAAUAGCCCUGGUAGUUGUCAAACACAAUCAGGCCUGUUUUAAAUUUAAAUACAGUAUCUUAUGCAUGCAAGUAUGUUAUAUUUGGAUGACCCACCGUACUGUGGCAGCAUCUGCUUGCUGCUCGGCCCACAUUUCUUCUGGUGUUUCUAUUUUUGUCAGCAUACACAUAGAACGAGACACUAGAGCUCUAUCUUUAGGGUGAGAUGUUUUUUUUUUUUAAUUCUUUCUAUGCUGACUUAAAGUUUUUGUACAAUUUCACAUCAUAUCUUGUCUCCUGUUUGACCGAAUGUACAGUAUAUGACAACAGUGAUGAUAGCCACUCCGGUAGGAUAAACAGCACUUAUUUCUUUAACUAAAGGCUUCAUUAGCCUACUAUCAGCCUUACUUGUUAUGCACAUCGAUAUGUAUGGCUGAAAAACGCACAAGAAUUUAAGCAUGAAUUUAUAUGGGUUAGCCACUCAAAAAACAAUACUUGCCGGUCAAACAGAGUACACAUAAAAUAAGCUUUAAUUUAGGGUGGUUCUGAUGAUGGAGGCAACAAGUGUUAUUUAAGAAUGGAUUUCCAUGCAUCACACUAAUUUAAGCUGACUUGACAAGCCAUUAAGGCAGAGAGCAUGAUCGCACACUGCAUGUACUGUAUAGUAAAACGAAACCAAUGAACGAUCAGCCACUGCUGAAAGAUUGACGAGAAUGUAUCAUCCAGCCUACAGACUUAAAACAUCAGGACUUACAGAACGUAACAGGUUUAUCUAAUGAACAGAACAAGAAGAAUCAUUAUUUUACAAGCAUAUUAGUAACAUUCAUAGCAAAGAGAAAAUAAUUAUGCAAAGUUUUUGAGCAUAUGUCUGUCUUUACCCAUGAUUGCAAUAGAUUUUCACUUAUGAGAUAUUAUUGUCUUUCAUAAUAGUUCAAUCUGUCUUUGGAGUAAGAGUAAAAUCUGUUACGCUCAUCACGACAACAGUUUUAAUUUUUUUAGUGAGUAAACUAUGCCCAUAGAAAUCUGUGCUCCAUAACUUGAAGUUUCUUUAUUGCAGGAGAUAGAAUAUUUCCUGCUUUAUUCACAUAAAACGUAUUGCACAUUUGCAUGUUUUAGUAAAAAUCAAAGUUAAAAAAAAAUACAGAGGACAAAUAUUUGUUUCCAAAGCAUAUUUUGAUUGUAGCAUUUCAGCACUGACUAAAGCAAAGCAAUACAGCACUUUUCAGGGAAGCUUGAAAAUUAAACUUAUGCCAGCACUUAACAUUGCAUUUUUGAGACACUUAAUGUUUAAUUUCAAUAUAGAAGUUGAAAUGCUUUUUAUCAUGAUGUUGUAGAUUGCAAAAGAUGCAUGGAAACACUAAGAUCUAUGAAUUUGAUAAAACGAUCAUGCUUUGACUAGAGAUAGAAAUAUGACAUUUAAGUCGACCCUCCAUUGUGUCAAUGGAAAAAUCGUAAGUAUAUUCCCUUAAGCACGCAUUUUAUGUCAUAGUAUGGCAAAAUAUGAAUAGCAAUAUUGAAAGUGAUUGUUCAAUAAAUCCUGAGAGUUCUAUUUUGAUUUUAUACAAUUAUCCCACCAGCGAAGGUGAUAAUGCCAGUGUUAUGUGAUCAUUAUGGCAUUUAGCAUCUCGUGAAUGUAUGCUAUGGCUGUAUGAUAUAUUUUGAUUGUUUAAGCACUAUAUUUUAUUCAUGAUAUUCUGAGUGCCUUUUAUUAAAUACAUAUUAAAUUUAAUGGCUCCAUCUUUGUGUGAUUUAACAAGGAUUCUCAUUCUAUGAAUGUGUGUCGUCCCAACACAAAAUUAAAUGUUUAUCAUACAAAACUAAACAAAAAGUAACAUUAAAGAGUGAAAAAAUUGGUGCCCUCAUCUACACAUGCACCACUUUAGUAAAACAAAAAUUAUUGAUUAAAUCUGGUUUCCCGU